UUUUUGAUGCAGCGAGAGGCGUGCCGGGCCGGGUCGGACCAGUCCCGGCUCACAGCUUCAUGUGAUCCUGCAGGGAGGUGUUUGGCUAAAAAAGACUUUUUCAACAUUCGGGCUGCAGCAUUUGAGAGCUCACUGUCUCUCUGGCCCUCUCACGGAGCUACCAGUUUGCUUUUUUUUCUGUGCACAUUUGGGAUAUUUCCAUCACUUUUUUGCGGCUCAUUCCGGAUAGUGAAACGCUGCAUUCCCGAUAAUGGGAGACGCUCAGUCUGCGCAACGGGAGGAAAAGGGAAAGAAGGAUGCAGCGGCUGAGGAGGAGAGCAGAAAAGUGGGUGAUGCUCAAACUGAGCAGAAUAUUGAAGACAAGCCUCUCAAAAACAGUGGGCAGAUCUCUGAGAUCAAUGGAAAAGCAGACGACUCUAUAGCAGAAGUUAAUAGUCACUGUGAGGAUGAGAUCGCUGCAGAGGCUAUCCUUUUAUCAGAUGGAGAUGUUUCAGAAACAGAAAAACCACUAAAAGAAGAUAAAACACCAUUAGAAAAUAUGGAAAUUAAUGAAAAGCAAUCACCUAAUGAAGCUGAUGCUAAUGAAGAUGUACCCCUGGAAAUGAUUGAAAUUGAUGCAAAGCAGAAUGACAUCAAUGAAAGUUUUAGGAGAUUUUUCAGUAACAUUGGUUUGAAAUUGACUGUAAAGAAGGGCUCAGGUGAAAUACCAACAGAUGUGCGUGAAGAGAGCAACCAAGAAAAACCAAACAGACCACAAGACAUCCAGGAUACCGCAAAGGAAACCAAAAGUGAAAAUACUGAACAGAAUACUGAUGUGAACAUAGCACAGGACACUUAUGAUAAUGAUUCAACAACAUGUCCUACCCUGACAGACAUUACAUUGGAGAACGUUCUAGAAAAUGCAGAAGAGAGAACAACAGAAACCAAAGAGAAAAUGGAAUCUGAUAAUGCAGAUGCAGCAACAACUUCACCUGUAGGAGAAGACGCACACCAGGAUGCCACACCUGAAGAAGAGCCACAUUCCACAUCUCCAUCUAGUCCUGAAGAAGAGGUGGUCGUAUCUUCAAUUAAAAGAUUUUUUACAACUGGAAUCUUUUCUGGACUACGGAAGAAAAAGAAACCUGCAGAAGAAGAGACAACUGAGAAAGAACAAGACACUGAGGAAAAGGAAGUCGUAGAGACGACAGAACAAACUGUUCAAGACCAACAACACGAUAAAGAAGAGAUUGGUCAAGUUGUUGAGGCAGCUGCAGUUGAGACAGAACAUAAAGAAAAUGAGGAGGUCCUGUUUGCAGCAUCCACUCAGAUGACGGAUGAAGGGAAAUCACCUACCACGGAUCCAUCAACCAUUAUUGUCACUGAGCCUGAAAUUCUGAGUUCUCAAGAGAAGGACAAAGUUCAUGCAAGUCCUCUAAAAAGGCUGCUGUCAGGGUCUAGUUUAAAGAAACUCUCAAAAAAGCAAAGAAGCAGGAAGUCAAGUGAUGCAAAGCUGUCUGACUCUGCAGAACAUGUUUCAGAUCAGCUCCUGUCAUCUACUGAGUCAGCUGAGAAUCAGAAAGAAGGACCUACACAACCCACAGCAGAGGCAGCAGGAGAGGAAGAUGGUGCAUGGGCUUCCUUCAAAAAACUUGUGACUCCAAAAAAGCGCAUGAAGAGAUCCUCCUUGAGCAAUGAAGAGACACAAAUCCCAGGUUCAGUGGAGGAAACAAAACCAAGUGAAGGAGAGCAAAUAUCAGAUCACAGCACAGAAGAAGGCAAAAAAAGAAAAGACUCAUCUGUUUCAUGGGAAGCUGUUUUGUGUGGCUCUGGAAGGAGAAGAAGCCGAAAAACGUCAGAUUCUGAGGACGAAACACCUCAAAUUGAUAACGGUGAUAACAAGCAAGACGGUGGAUCUAAACAUGGUGCAGAAUCGCUCCUAGAAAGUUCUAAUGAGAAUGAAAAUGAAAUUUUAGUCUCCUCCCCCAAACAUGCAGGAAGUCCUUCAGAGGGUGACGGAGGGUCAACAUGGAAAUCAUUUAAAAGACUUGUCACCCCAAAAAGGAAAGUCAAGGAUGAGGAUGAAAGCAAAGACAAUGUACAAUCUGACAGUGAAGUUACUCAAGAUGAGUCCUUCUCAAUAAAGAAACUUCUACCAGGACUAAAAAAGAGGAAGUCUGCUGAAAAACAAGACCAAGUAUCUUCAGAUGAGGCUGUAGCUUCAGGUGAUGAAGACUCUGACACACCAGCUGUGGUUCCAUUGUGUGAGUUUGAUACAGUUGAGACAGAGGUUCACAUACAAAUACAAGCAGAUGUAGAAAGUCAUAUACCUGAGGAAGCAGACUAUGAACUCCAACAAGACAUCCUUGAUCAGGUAUCUGAACCAGUCCUACCCUGUGACAGUCUGCAAACUGAAACAAAGAAAGUCCAAGACAAUGAUGAUGCUUUAGGAAAACAGGCAUCUACAUCCCUUGCUACAAAUGAAGAACCUGAUGAUCUAACAGAAUCAAUCAGUAGUCAUCAACAACUCAGUGACAUUCCAGAGGAGGGCAUAAUUACAGAGACCAUGGCCACUCCAGCUUCAGUCACUGAGGAGGCAGCUAGAGAUGACACUAUAGCAGAGGACCUGAUAGAGAUCACAUCUGAGGCCAUUACUGCACCAGAGCCUGCCUUAGACAUUACCUUGGCAGAUGAAACUGAGAUGAUCUCUGCAGUUUCCCAGUUAUCUUCAGAGUCGUCCAAAACAUCCGGCAACACAACACCUGUCCCAGCAGAAUAUGAUGUCAUUGAAACAGAUGUGCUCCUGCAACAGGUUGUUGAAACCAUCUCCAUAAGCCCAAAGGCAGUCCCAGUUUGUUCAGAUGAGCUAAGCUCUGAAAGAAUAGUUGAUUCUGUCUCAUAUCAAAUAUUCGAAACAUUUGUAAAAGAGCCAACAUUUCUGGAAAUACACAGAAGAUUAGAUGCAAGUGCCAUUAACACAGGUCUAAAUGUUGAAGAACUGGAUGCAAUUAAUGAAAAUGCAGCUACAGCCCAAACAGAGAGCAUAUCUGAAGUCAAUGACUCUGUUUCCACAGAGAUUGUAUCUGAAGUUCCUACUGAGGAGUUUGACACUGCUGAAAUUGCUCUAGAUGAACUACAUGAGGUCAACUUUACACAUCCAGAAGAAAGCAUAAAAGAAUUAGAAAGUAUUGAUGAGAGCUAUUAUCUGGUGGAAUGCCUAUCAGAGGUAAAUGCGGCUGUGUCUACAGAUAUAUUACAUGAAGAUGAAGAAAUGGUCCCAGAUGAAGGUUCUCUAGUUGAGGCACAUCAAGCUGAAACAGAGCCUGCAAAAAUUGACUCUCAAGAAGCAGGUUCAGCUGCUACAGUAGCAGACGAAACUAAGGAUGGGGCUAUGGAGCAGGAAGUCCAAACCCUGACAGAAGUUGAAGAUCAAAUCAUGCACAAAAUUACUGAUCAAAUUCAACCACCAGUAGAGGUGGAGGACUGGCAAGAAUUAGCAGCUGUACAAGCUGCCAUGUUAGAUUCAGAGGAGCGUAGUGUUCAAUUGCUUGACAAGGAAGUAAUCUCAAAGGACAUACCAGUAGCUGAAACAGUUACAUAUGAACUUAAAGAGGAAACAGUGCCUCUAAAUGAAGUCAAUGUUGACCCAGAAAAGGAAGAUGAACUAGAAACAGAUGCUGCCAAAACUGAUCAUGUUCAAGUAACAGAAGCAUUAGAGGGUAGUGUUCAGUUACCAGAAGAAACAGUCACAGAUGAACUCAAACAGACAGCAGAGCAUCUCACUGAAGUCAGUGCUGAGCCAGAAAACAAAGAACUACUAGUGAAUGCUGUCAAAACUGAACAUGUUCAAGAACCAGAAGUCUUAGAAGCUGUUCAAGCACCCACAUUAGAUUCAGAGGAUGGCAUUGCUCAGUCACUUGAAAAAAAGUUAAUAUCAGAGGAUGUUCCUGAGACAGAAACAGUUACAGAUGAACCCAAAGAGGAGACAGUACCUCUCAAUGAAGUCAAUCUUGAGCCAGUGGAUGCUUCCAACACUGAACAUGUUCAAGAACCAGAAGUAUUAGAAGCUGUACAAGCACCCACAUUAGAGUCAGAGGAUGGCAGUGUUCAAUCACUUGAAAAAAAGGUAAUAUCAGAGGAUGUUCCCAAGGCAGAAACAGUUACAGAUGAACCCAAAGAGGAGACAGUACCUCUCAAUGAAGUCAAUCUUGAGCCAGUGGAUGCUUCCAACACUGAACAUGUUCAAGAACCAGAAGUAUUAGAAGCUGUACAAGCACCCACAUUAGAUUCAGAGGAUGGCAGUGUUCAAUUACUUGAAAAAAAGGCAAUAUCAGAGGAUGUUCCCAAGGCAGAAACAGUUACAGAUGAACCCAAAGAGGAGACAGUACCUCUCAAUGAAGUCAAUCUUGAGCCAGUGGAUGCUUCCAACACUGACCAUGUUCAAGAACCAGAAGUAUUAGAAACUGUUCAAGCACCCACAUUAGAUUCAGAGGAUGGCAGUGUUAAAUCACUUGAAAAAAAUGUAAUAUCAUUGGAUGUUCCCGAGGCAGAAACAGUUACAGAUGAACCCACAGAGGAGACACUACCUCAAAUUGAAGUCAAUCUUGAGCCAGUGGAUGCUUCCAACACUGAACAUGUUCAAGAACCAGAAGUAUUAGAAGCUGUACAAACAGCCACAUUAGAUUUAUUGUCUGGUAGCCUUCCAUCACUUGAAAAUGAAGUAAUGUCAGAGGAUAUUCCACCAGCAGAAACAGUCACAGAUGAACCCAAACAGACAGCAGAACAUCUCACUGAAGUCAGUGUUGAGCUAGAAACCAAAGAACUACCAGAGAAUGCUGUCAAAACUGAACAUGUUCAAGAACCAGAAGUAUUAGAAGCUGUUCAAGCACCCACAUUAGAUUCAGAGGAUGGCAGUGUUCAAUCACUUGAAAAAAAAAUUAUAUCAGAGAACGUUCCCGAGGCAGAAACAGUUCAUCAAACAGAUGAACCCAAAGAGGAGACAAUACCUGUCAUUGAAGUCAAUAUUGAGCCAGUGGAUGCUUCCAACAUUGAACAUGUUCAAGAACCAGAAGUAUUACAAGCUGUAUCAGCCACAUCAGAUUUAGAGGCUGGUAGCCUCCUGUCACUUGAAAAGGAAGUCAUAUCAGAGCAUAUUCCAGCAGUGGAAACAGUUACAGAUGAACCCAAACAGGAAAUUGAAGUGAGGGUUGAGCCAGAAGAGAAACUACCAGUGGAAGCUGCCAAAACUAAACAUGUUCAAGAACCAGAAGUAUUACCAUCUGAUGUAAAAGAUAUUGUAACUGAAACCAAAACUGAGGAAGGGGCAUUAAUGUAUGUGCAUGUAGUCACAGAAAGUACUGAGGGAGGCAGUGCUGAGGAACUUCAAAAGCAAAUAUUGUUAGAAGACGUUCCCAAACCAGACGCUGACAAUGUCAUUACUUCAGUUACAGAUGAAAUUGAGAGUGAAGUUGUGGCACAACUGGAUCAGGCUUUAGAGAUAGCAGGGGAUCAGAAAACUGAGAUAAUGCCAAAAGAUGUUGAGCAGGAAGACUGCAUCCCUGAAGUUGUCGAUGAGUUACAAACAUUAACAGCAUUUCAUGUAUCCUCUAUAAAUGAGGAGGCAAGUAAUGUUCAGGUCCUAGAAAAGACUGUCAUUUCUGAAGAAACCCCAGCACCUUGUGUAGACACUGCUGCAGUUACUGAUGAACCCAAACAUGAAGUGCAUCUCAGUGCAGUGCAAGUCAGUGUUGAGGGAGAAAAAGAAAAAGAACUUCCAAGCACUGAGAUAAAAACUGCUGCAUUUGAGCAUGCCGUGGUGGCACAAGUAGUCACAUGUAAUCUCAAAGAGGUCUCUGUUGCAAUACCUGAUGUUUUGAUAGAGAAAACAUCAGACAUUACUGAACCCUUGAUUGACAGAGUGGCAAGUGAGCUACUGUUCAAGGAGGAAGUUGAGAGUGCCACACCAUUAGUGAAAGAUGAUGUGGCUGAGACAGCAGAGGAAGGCAGUGUGGUUGUGAUGAUGCAUGUGCCAUCAGUAAAGUUUGAGGACAAUCACAGAAUUCAAAUGCAGGUGGUCGAUGUCGAUAUAAAAUCAGCUGAGACAAUUGUGGACACAGUGCUAGAAGCAGGGGUAAAAGAAGCCAAAAAAGUCAUAGAUGUUUGUCAUGAAAUGGUAAAAAAGGUAGACAAUCUCUCUGCAACUCCAGAGAUUGAAGAGGAAUUAAUUAAUGAGGAAAACAAGGUGACCAUUCAACAAGUUAUUCAACACAUAAAGGAGAACUUACCAGAGACAAUACCGGAAUCAGUGGUUAUCAACUUGGAACAAGAACUUAUAAAACAGUCAGAUGCUGUAACAGAAGUGAGUGAGUUGGUUGAAAGUGAAACAAAUGAAGUGAAGGAUCAAGAAGCGAUGGAGGAUAGUAGUGGGAUAUUCAGGGGAAGACAAGAUGAAGCACCCACUGUCAUCAGUGAUGACUCUGUGUCUGAGGAUCUCAUGCAAACACCUGAUAUUCCAGGAAGUUUAGAUGUCUCUAUCUAUGAUAACAAAGAGGAUUUGGAGGAAACUAAAGCUGAACAGGAAAAAUCAGAAGCAGGUGUCACAAUAGAAGAGGUCAAAUCAUCUUUAGAGGAAUUAGAUGUGAAUAAAAAUUAUGAACAAGCUCAAAGUCCACAAAUUGCCCAAAGUCCAAUUGUAAAACCUACUAACACUGGAUUAGUAGUCCCCCAAAACACUGGAAUAAUCUCAUCAAUAGGUAAUGUAGAGUCCCCUUCAAGUCUUUCUUUAGAAUUCAAACUUAACAUACAGUUUGGACAAGCAAAGGCACAAGCUUCUCCAUUACCAACAACAGAGAGAAUUGAACCCGUGAAACAGACAGACAUGCCUGAAGUUGGAGUUCAGGCAGUACAGCCUGUAAAGCCAAUAAAUCCAACAGAAAGAGCUGAGAGCCAAAAACAGAAAGAGCUAACUGAGGUUGCUGUUCAGGUAACAGAAAUCACAGAACCAGCGGCAAACUUAGAUUCAACAGAAAGAGUUGUGUUCACGACUCAACCUGUACUGCUGGAUAUCAGCAGCCAAGUGAUGGAAAAAAUAGAACCCGUAGAAGAAAUCAAAUCAACAGAGAGAGCAACCUCCAGUGUCCAGGCAACAGAAACAAUACAACCAGUAAGGCAAACAGAGAAAAGAGCAGUGUUCCUGAGUCAGCCAGUACUCUCUGAAGUUUGUAACCAAGAAACAAAAGCAGAAGAGCUUGUUAAACAAAUAGAGGAGGAAAAUGACCAGGAUGUGUGGGUGGAUGCUGAGGAAGUCAUUUACACUCAAAAAGAAACAGAGGUGUCCCUUCUUGAGGUGGAGGAAUCUCUAGAACCUCCAGCAGAACGUAACCAAGAGGAAAAGGCAGGAUUUGAACAUGAGGUUGAAGUGGCUUCCAAGACUAAGGAAGAAGGAAGUCAACAGGAAAUGCACAAAACAGGAGGAAUGUGUGAAAUUGAGAGUGAAGGUGAAGAUUUUGCUGUUGCACUUGAACAUCCUGAAACUGCAACUGCCAGCCCACUGCAGUGGGAUUAACAUCAGUAUCACUAACCGGUUGGACAAUCAAAAAGGAAGUCACUCAAGUUUGUAAGAAGUUUGCAAAAAGCCAUUAAAGAGUAGGAUUGACUGUGAUCGAGGAAAACUACAGGAAACAGCAUUUUGCUGCUUUUAUUUGACAUUAUGUUCAACCAAAACGAUACCAACAUUUAAUGGUGAAAUUUCUAGAUUUGAAAGAUUAUUGUAUUAAUAUCAUAAAGUGUGUGGUGAGAGAGAUCUGGUAAGAGACGUAUCAACCGGAAAAGUACAUAUGUUCUCAGUGGGCAUGCAUCGUGAUUCUAGAGGUUUGACAGUAAACUACAACCACUACACAUUGGCGUCUUUCAAUAAAUCUAAUGAGUUGUUUGCUACAUAGUGCAAUUUUUAUCACUUAUCACGUUAAGUCUUUUCAAUCAUAAAUCAUGUUUUUGCAAAGAUCUAUCUCAAUCUGUUUUUGAUUUGAAUGUAUAUGUCUAAGAGAAUAAGACAGCAUAUUCAUUAACAGUUUUGUGACAUUUGUGUGUUAAAAAAAUAAUCUUUUUAAGAAGCAACAUUAAUUCAUAAUGUAUAUGACCCAGGCACGUUAAUUUUUUUUGACACAAGGAUGCUACUAGUAUGUUAGUAUAUGUAGAUAUUUCAGAGCCUUUACUAUAUAUCAUCUGUGUUCAUAAACUGUUUUGUCAUUCAGUAUUUCAUAAUUUCACAUAAAGACAUGUUCCCAUGGGAUCUAUGCAGGUAAAAAUAGGCAGACCUGAGCAUACUAGUAUUGUACAAGUAUAAUGACGGUUUUAAUACUUAUACAGGCAGUAAUGCAUUCAUUUUGAAUCUACAAGAAUUUCUACUGAGAAGUUUUAAAAUAAGAGCAUGCUGAGAGCAUGGCACUUCUUGUUUAAAAAAAAUAAUAAUAAUAAUAAUUGACAAUAUUUUUGAUUUGAACUUAAAUUAACCUUCACAUAUGUAUUUAUUAAUAUAAUUAUAAUCAGCAGAGUCUUAACCUUCAACAAUCAUGGCAAAUUUACUCAUCCUAUUUUAUUUCCCAGCUGUUUGUGUGUAAGCUUACAGUAUCAAUGAUACCACAGGCUGUGUGGAAAGGGUGAAAAAAAAAAAAAAAGGUUAUGACAGGCUGUUGUUUCAGCUAGUUGACCUCUUUGGAUUUUAUUCACAUAUACUGACUUUUAUAAAAAUCUAUUGCUGAGUUGUGUAUAUGUUCACUAAUGACUAAAUGCAAAACAUAAACCUGAGUUACCUGUGUUUGUAUAGUUACAUAUAUAUUUACCAGUGUUUUAGUAAUAAAAUAUUAUUUUAUUUGAAUAAAUUCAUACCUGUA